AGCACGCAGAAGCAUUAUAUGAACAUUACGUCAAUCCAAGUUCAGUAGCCGUUGAAAUUUUCCCGUAGCCGGUGUUAAGGUGUGUGUCGUCUGCAAAGAAAAAAAAAUUAUUAUUUUUUCCUUCAGCUCAAGCUAGAAAAAAGGAAAGAGGAAAAAAAACCUGUGAAACAAAAAAUAAAAUAAAUUUUUUGGUGAAAAAAACAAACUGAAAUUUGACGAAUAUAAAAUCACAAAAUAAAUAUAUUUCGGUUGAUUGAGCCUACAACGACUACAAAUCGGUUAUGUUUCGAAUGGAUUUGAAAAGCGCUGAAUUCAAUGAUGAAAAGGAAGAAAAACAGAAAAAAAUCCUGCAGUGUAUUUGUACAUAUGUAAAUAAUUUAGUGUGUGGUAUGGUUAUAAUGUGAAUUUCGGGCCUCUGUUUUUUUUUAUGAAUGGAUUACGUAUCUAUAUUCUCUAUCCCUGAUCUAACAUCGAUAAAAUUGUGAUUAUGAGAGGAUAUAUAAGUAUGAAUUCGUGUGGAGUCAUUUAAUAGAUAAUUGAAAAAUUCUGAUUCGGUUGUAAUUCGACUAAGUAUAGAAAUAAAAGUGUUUCCAUUCAGAACACUAAUACGCUUCUUUUUUCCGUAAUGCAGUAGCUAUAAAUGUAAUGAUAGCUUUAGUGAUCGAAUAAAACAAACGGUGUGCAUGUGUCGUUCGAUAUAUAUAUAUAAGUGUAAAACAUACAAAAAAAAUAAAGAUAUGGAAAAAGUGUACGAAAAAAAGCUUAAAAGUUACGCCUUGGUAAUACAAAUAUAUUAGAGCAAUAAACUAUAUACAGAUAAGAGUAGCUGGGGAUGAAAUUAAUUUUUCGUGUUUCCUUAAGUGAAAAUGAUUCAAUUAGAUUAAAGCGAAAUGUUUGUGAAACCAUGUGUACCAAUGUUGAUCGUAUAUAUAUACAGACGUACAUAAGUGGAUUGUGUGUGUAGAAAUACCCAUCCAGUUAUAUUCGAACAUUGAGCCAUAAUAAUCGUUUAUUAACCGAAAGAAGAUGUGCGAUAUCACAUUGUGAAUAUCUAUUUUCUUGGCGCUCGUGGACUGUUUAUCCAAUAAAUUUAUGACAAUGUUGCGCUACAUAUGCAUUUAAAUUACCACAAAGCAGGAUGGAUUGCCUACUCCUACAAUAAAGAAACGACGGACAUGUUUCUAAUCAAUUAAUCAAAGUAACAAAAUCAAUUUUAGUAAAUUAGUGCGCAAAUAACCAUAAUAUCGAUUGUAAUAAUGAAACUUAGACGUACGCGACUUAAAAUCAAUAAAUUUUCCGAAUUUAAAUUACACAUAAAUCAAAGCAUUGCUCGUAGAUAUAAAAUUAAAUUAUAAUAAAUAACAAAGCAAAUAAACAAAAAUCAAUAAAUAAAAUUCAAUAAUAAUUAAAGUGUUAACCAAAUUUUUAAUUUUCAAAACGUAAAUUCUUCGUCUCAACUAAUUAGUGAUUUAAUGCUAGAAAAACAAAUUUAUUGCAUACGUAAAAUGAUAUAAUUAAAAUAACUAAGACAAAUAAAUUAAAUUUGAAUAAAUCAUUUGGUAGAAAUGACGACGACACCUACAGAUGGAACAGGAUCAAAACAUCAAGUAGUUGCAUACACCGAAAAAUCGCAGAUCAAACAUGAAAAUCGACAUAUUCAAUUGGUGCGUGAAUAUGGUUUUCAUCCUCGCACGAAGGCAACGGUUGAAGAUGGAGCUGUAUUGCCCCGAAAAUAUGAACCGUUUCCACCAAAUAUGUUUGGAAAACCAUUGGAGGAGAUUGAUUCGUUCAUAUAUGAAGAAACCUUCUGUGUUGUAUCGCAACGCUUCAGGAAAAAUUACAUCCAUCGCUUCACUGGAACCAAUAGUUUGUUUUUGUUUGAACCGUGGAGCCAGACACGAAGAGUAUGCGUUUACAUUUCGACCAACCAGUAUUUCGAUUACUUGGUAAUGAUUACAAUUGGGGUCAAUUGCGGUUUUCUGGCAAUGACCGAAACUAUCGAAGAAGCAGAGUACGUUUUUCUUGCCAUUUACUCAUGCGAAAUGGUUAUAAAAAUCAUUGCCAAAGGAUUCCUUCUGAACAAGUACACCUACCUGCGAAAUCCCUGGAAUUGGCUGGAUUUUGUGGUAAUCACAAGCGGUUAUGCAACGAUCGGCAUGGAUGUGGGAAAUUUGGCUGGUUUGCGAACAUUUCGUGUCUUACGAGCUUUAAAGACUGUUUCCAUAAUGCCAGGACUGAAAACCAUUAUCAACGCAUUAUUACAUUCAUUCAAGCAAUUGGCAGAAGUAAUGACUCUGACAAUAUUUUGUCUGAUGGUUUUUGCACUGUUUGCACUUCAGGUUUACAUGGGCGAAUUACGAAAUAAAUGCGUGCGAAAUCUUCCAGAUGGUUAUAACGCAUCGUACGAUGAGUGGCGAAGUUGGAUAAACGACACCCAAAAUUGGAUCUACGAUGAUUUGGGUUAUCCCAUGUUAUGCGGUAAUUUAACGGGCGCCCGACACUGUCCACAAAAUCACACCUGUCUGUGUACGGGCGAAAAUCCGAAUCAUGGCUUCACCAAUUUUGAUAAUUUUAUGUGGUCCAUGUUGACAACGUUUCAACUGAUAACGCUGGAUUAUUGGGAAAACGUUUACAAUAUGGUACUUGCUACAUCCGGACCGAUGAGUGUGUCGUUCUUUACUGUGGUCGUAUUUUUUGGUUCAUUUUAUUUAAUCAAUUUGAUGUUAGCCGUAGUGGCGCUCGCAUAUGAGGAGGAAGCAGAAAUAACAUUAGAGGAAAGAAAAAAAGACUUACUGGAUCAUAGAGAUGACUCAACAUUUAGUUUCGACCCGUCCAAUCUAAAUGUAAAGAAACUGAACAAAAAUUACAAAAAGAAAAUUGAUUCUCGAAAAGGUGUACUGCUCGCAUCCUAUUCGCGCAAAAAAACGAGACGAAGAAAAAAGGGCAAGGAAGGCAUCGGCAACAAUCAGACAAACAGUAGAUCGGUCACACCGAGUCCACUUCCCAGUCCAAACGCAACCGUUCGCGUACCGCCACCAUCAGCACCAGUUCAACAACGUACACGAGGAUUAACAUGUCAAGGUGCUCCCAAUCAAACCCAAAAUCCUAAUACAUUGCAUCCUUUAGGAUCCACCACUCGACGUCAAUUAUCGUCGAGUCGACAAGCAAGUUCGAAUGCUAGCGAAGGUGGUAUCAAUCGUGAGUCGUCAUUGGACGAUUCUGGUGUGGUCGACGAUCAUGAUGAUCAAGAUAAUACAAAUACUGAAUUGGUCAAUGCAUCUACUGUAGAGUUGCAACGUGAUAUGACACCAGUAACUAUUGCUCUAUCCCCGCGCGAAAUUAAGUUAAUCAAAUGCAAUGGAAAUCUAGCGAAAUUAAAGAAGCACAACGUUUAUGCAUUACAUCCGGAAUACUUGUCACAAAUAGUGGUGCUAGAUGAUCUUCCCGAUCGCAAUUGUGAUAAAUGUGUUCAAUGCUGCGUCGACUACGCAGGAUGGCUACAGUUCCAGGAUUAUUUGUACAAAGUCGUAAAAGAUCCGUUAUUCGAGCUAGGCAUUACGUUAUGCAUCGUUUUAAAUACAUUGUUCCUUGCACUAGAACACCAUGGAAUGAGUGAGAGCGUUCGUCAAGCGUUAGAUAUAGGAAACAAAGUGUUCACAUCAAUAUUUACAUUCGAAUGUAUAAUCAAAUUGAUGGCACUAUCGAAAGACUUUUUUCGAUGCGGCUGGAAUAUUUUCGACCUCGCCAUAGUAUCUGCUAGCUUAUUGGAUAUUAUAUUCGAAUUAGUUGAAGGUUUGAGUGUGUUGCGCGGCCUUAGGCUCCUAAGGGUCAUUAAGUUGGCUAGAUCAUGGACAACAAUGAAAGUGCUACUGAAAAUAUUGGAACAAACUAUAGGUGCUCUUGGAAACUUAACGUUAAUUUUAGUUAUUGUUAUCUAUAUUUUCGCUGUUAUUGGUAUGCAAUUGUUUUCGAAAGAUUACACACCAGACAAAUUUUAUCCGGAUCCUGUGCCUCGGUGGAAUUUCAAUGAUUUUUUCCAUUCAUUCAUGAUGAUUUUUCGCAUUCUAUGCGGAGAAUGGAUCGAACCAUUAUGGGAUUGCAUGAGGGCCGAGGAAAAGGAAGGAGCUGGUACAUGCUUUGCAAUAUUUUUACCCACAUUGGUUAUGGGCAAUUUCAUGGUUUUAAAUUUGUUUUUGGCCUUGUUGCUCAAUAGUUUUAAUUCCGAAGAACUGAAGAACAAAAAAGAGAUGUUUAAAAAGGGAAAGGAAGUCGGCGAAGAAUCGAAAUUGGCACGAAGUUUUGAUCGUAUUCGAUCGAUAGUACGUAAGAAGCGAAAUAAGGAGAAAAGCGAAAAUGAGGCAAACUCGAAACUGGAGGAACUGGUAAACGAGGUUAUUAUCCGUCGUAGAAAUGAGAAGCAAAUGUAUGUGGUCGAUCAGAAGUUGCUCACCACAUUGGAAAUUCCACAAUCGAAUCUGUAUCGUCACAGUUACCAGAAUUUCCAGGAAUCGAUGAAUCGACCGGUCUCUGGAUCGGAUUUCGGUUAUGACAUACCGCUGAAGGAUACGAACUAUUUGCAAACGAUAAAUGGUAGUCAGGAGACAGUGAGAGAAUUGGUGAAUCUCGAAAACAAUAAACAAAACUCGGAGGAUCACACCGACGGCGACGACGAGAACUAUCGAGCAAUGGAUGCCGAGAGACGAUUACGGUAUCAAAUGUCGUCGGGCUUUGGCACUCAACACAAUGACAGUAAAGAUGAGCCCACUUAUGCCGAAUCAUUUGAAAUGCGAACGAUUUGUCCAACGAAUUCAACUGAAACCGAUCCAGAAGCUCCUUUACUGAGACGAACCGAUUCCGAAGAAAACGAGGCAUACCUUCAAUACCAGAAAUCGUUGUUAACCCGAUCGCCCAGUUACCGCAAAUCAAUAGAUAGAAUUUCGAUAAUUAGUACAAAGUCAAGCGAAAAUUCACCUCAGGACACAGUUAAAAAAGCGAUUUCUGACCGAGAAAUCAAUGUGCAUACCGAUAUGCCAGCCGUGACUAGCAUUCAAAUAGUCGAUGAACUUUCGCGGCGACCGAGCAAUCAAUCGGUAAAUACGCUAUCCAACGAUCAUGACGAAUACAUGACCCAAUCGAAUUUACGCGACGAACUAUUGAAUUGCGAACAGAAGGAUCUCUUUCAAUUCCUCAGCGAUGACUUUGACAAUAGCAACAACUACUUUAGCGAAACCGUUGGAUUCGGCAACACUGUGAUCGAUCCGGACACGGACAGUUUGGUUUUGGAUUCGAAGCAUGAUGACUUCAGUGGAAUAUCGCCACUGCCGACGCGACGAAAGACAUCUGGUAGCAGUAUCCGGUCCAAUUUCAGCUAUAUAUCCGGUUCAAUUUUUUCGGCAUUAGAACAGAAACGCGGUGGUAGCAUCAGUGAGUCGGUGGACCGAAAGGUGAUCAAUACAGAAUCCGACAAGCGCAACAGUGACGAACACGAGCCGUUGAUGAAGGAUUCGGAAUUCGAGAAUAUAAUCGCCAGUUUCGAGAAGGAACUGAACGAAAUAAAGAAAUCGACGGCAUCGCUGAAUCGUAACAUAUCAGUUGAAACGCAUUACUCUGACGGUAAAUUGGGUAAUGACAAACGUUCUUCCAUUCAUUCCAAUCAAAAUGUUCUUCCGCGACAAAGGACUGUGGACGGCAGCGUUAAGAACAGCGACAAUGAUAGCGUCAAAAUCAAGCGACGAAGUUUGGAAAAACAGAACAAAAUCGACGAUGGGUUUAGCGUUUCCAAUGAAAUACGAAAAAUCUGUGAUAACAUGCAAGCACCAUUUUCCGAUAGUAAUAGCACCAAUAACACGCAAAUAUCGCCGAUGAUGCGCCGCAAAACCGACUUCCACACCAGUUUCGAUCGCAUCAAACGAACUAGCUUAAUCGAACGAGUCGAUGAAACGGUUGACGAGAACCAUUCGGCUCGAACGCAUCAGAUUUUGAGUGAGAAAUUGCCGCGAAAGUAUUUAGCUGCUGACAUGCAACUGGAUAGCAUUUCGAUGAAGAGCACCGGAAGUUACGAACAUUUAAUAUUUGAUCGCGACAAUCAGACGAAGCUUCCACAAAAAUGCGACGAAACUACAAAGUUAAUGGAAAGCGAACCGGUGAAAGGCGAAACUCCUAAACAUGUAUCCUACGAUCAAUCGAAGAGCCCAGGAAAACUAUCAAAAAUGGGUAAGAAAAACGCUCCGGCCACACAGACCGAUCGUCCAUGGCAUUGCUUAGUUUCAUACGUUGAUGAUCUGACCGUAGGAGGACGUAGAAAUUCCAAAGGAUUGUACGAAGAUCCAAUGUCGUAUCCAAGCUUCGGCCGGAAAAAACCUCCUAAAGUACCAGACGAUUGUUUUCCACAGCAUUGUUAUAAAAGGUGUCCGUGCUGGCUAGAUUGUUUGAACACGAAAUGGGGUCGCAGCUGGACACAAAUGCGAACAUCCGUGCUUUCCGUUGUUGGUACGCCGGCGUUCGAAUGGUUUAUAUUAGUUUUGAUUUUUGCAUCCAGCAUUACACUGUGCUUCGAGGACAUUCAUUUAGAUUCGAACAAAACGCUGAAACGAAUACUUUAUUGGACCAAUUUUGCAUUUAGCUUAAUUUUUGUUAUCGAAAUGGUGCUGAAGUGGAUGGCAUUAGGUUUUAAGAAUUAUUUCACCAGUUUUUGGACCAUAUUAGACUUUAUCAUCGUUUUUGUAAGUCCAAGCAAAAAUGCUUGCUCAUAUCUUGUCCAUCUCUUUCACUCAUUGCAUUCGAUCCAGGUAUCGGUUUUCUCGUUGCUAAUUGAGGAAAAUGAAAAUCUUCGGGUACUGCGUUCAUUACGGACAUUACGGGCGUUAAGGCCGUUGAGGGCGAUAUCUCGAUGGCAAGGAAUGCGAAUCGUUGUCAAUGCCCUAAUGUACGCGAUACCUUCCAUUUUCAAUGUGCUGUUGGUUUGCUUGGUAUUUUGGUUGAUAUUUUCGAUUAUGGGCGUGCAAUUUUUCGGCGGCAAAUUUUUCAAAUGUGUCGACGAGAUAGGCGAGGUGCUUCCAACAACGGAGGUUGACACACGACUGCAGUGUUUGGAGCAAAAUUACACGUGGAUCAAUUCAAAGAUCACUUUCGACCAUGUCGGUAUGGGUUACCUGGCAUUGCUUCAAGUGGCUACAUUCGAAGGCUGGAUGGAAGUAAUGGCCGACGCUGUUGAUGCGAGGGGUGUCGAUUUGCAGCCGCAACGAGAGGCCAAUCUGUGGGCGUACAUUUACUUUGUAAUUUUCAUUGUGUGCGGUUCGUUUUUCACCCUCAAUCUGUUCAUUGGUGUCAUCAUCGACAACUUUAAUAUGCUGAAGAAAAAGUAUGAGGGUGGUGUGCUGGAAAUGUUUCUGACCGAAUCGCAAAAGCAUUACUAUACGGCAAUGAAGAAAUUGGGUCGUAAGAAACCGCAAAAAGUUAUCAAGCGGCCGGUGAAUCAUUUUUUAGCGAUGUUCUACGAUCUGUCCAACUCAAGAAGGUUCGAGAUAGCAAUUUUUGUUUUGAUUUUUCUAAAUAUGUUGACGAUGGGCAUCGAACACUACAAUCAACCACAUGCCGUAUUUUUUAUACUAGAAGUCAGUAAUGCAUUUUUCACAACCGUAUUUGGACUAGAAGCGAUCGUUAAAAUUGUCGGCCUGAGGUACCAUUACUUUACGGUGCCGUGGAACGUUUUUGAUUUUUUGUUAGUCCUUGCGUCCAUAUUUGGCAUUCUAAUGGAGGAUAUCAUGAUCGAUUUACCCAUUUCCCCGACACUAUUGAGAGUCGUUAGAGUUUUUAGAAUUGGCCGUAUAUUGAGAUUAAUUAAGGCUGCAAAAGGAAUCAGAAAGUUGCUCUUUGCACUAGUGGUAUCCUUGCCAGCCUUGUUCAACAUAGGCGCUCUUCUGGCUUUAAUAACUUUCAUUUAUGCUAUACUCGGUAUGUCCUUGUUUGGACAUGUUAGACUUCAGGGUGCCCUUGACGAUAUGGUCAAUUUCCAAACAUUCGGCCGUAGCAUGCAACUAUUAUUUCGUUUAAUGACAUCGGCCGGCUGGAAUGAUGUACUUGAAUCGCUAAUGAUUCAAUGGCCCGAUUGUGAUCCACAUUUCAACAAUCAAGCGAAUGGCGAUUGCGGACAUCCGAUAUUGGCAAUCACAUACUUUACCAGUUUUAUUAUAAUUAGCUAUAUGAUCGUGAUUAACAUGUACAUUGCCAUCAUAUUAGAGAAUUUCAAUCAAGCGCAUCAAGAGGAGGAAAUUGGUAUUGUUGAAGAUGACUUAGAAAUGUUUUAUAUCCGUUGGUCCAAAUAUGAUCCACAUGCCACCCAAUUUAUACACUUUUCGCAAGUGUCCGACUUCUUAGCUUCGCUAGAUCCACCGUUGGGCAUACCAAAGCCCAAUACAGUAGCACUCGUUUCGUUCAAUCUAGCAAUAUCGUCUGGUAAUAAAAUUCAUUGCUUGGACAUUUUGCAUGCACUCGUAAAACACGUUCUGGGACAUGUCGAGGAGACCGACACCUUUAAGCAAUUACAGGAACAAAUGGACGUUAAAUUCAAGAAACAAUUCCCAACCAGAAAGGAAUUGGAAAUCGUUUCGUCUACCCGCAUAUGGAAGAGAGAAGACAAAGCAGCAAGAACACUGCAAAACGGCUGGCGAGAAUAUCUGAGGAUGAAAAAGGAGCGCGAACGGUCACCACUAUCACAGGAAGAUGAAAAUACGCAGACAUCCAGUCCAGGUGGCUGGCACAGCAAACUGUCGGCUCUAAACUUUUUGCACCUUCAAGUACAUCGUCGAGGCACGGCUACAUCUAGCCGCGCCUCGUCUCGUAAAUCAUCUCGAGCUUCCGAUGCGUCCGAUUUAAGUGAAUUGGCGGGACCAUGGUUGAAUCUGCCAUUGAUGCUGGUAGGUGGAGCAACAGAUAUCGUGAAAAAUGGUGAAGAGGAAAAGAAAGAUACUGAACUGAGUGGAAGCCGAACACCGCGUAGGCGUAGUUUUUACAGCUUUUUCCUGCGACACCAAGAUGCAGUCGAUGAUUGUCUCACAUCACCAUCGGUGGUACGAAAAGCAGUAACACCUAGUGGUACACUACAGUCAUUAUCUACUGCUUCCGUUGAUGAUAAGCCUGUAGUUGUACACGCAACGCCAAAGUCAAAACGUGCCACAAGUUUCAUUCGAAAGAAACCGCCAUUAGAGCGAGGCCUUUCGGCUCAAAGCGCUUUACGGAUCAAUAGGAACGCUAGUGUUGUUGAUGGACCGAGCUUGACCGCAAGAGACGUUAGCAUACUGGUAACUGAACCGUCUCCCGAAUGUCCAAUGGCUCCACCACCGAAAAAUCGUCUUCUCAGUGACCCAUCAAGCACAUUAGUGCAUGUCCUUGUCCAUCGAGAGAGUGAAGAAUACCAAACGGAUUUAGAGGACGGCAGUACUGACAAAGACGAAAAAUCACUAAAAUCCUUCGACCGUUCACAUUCACCGAUAGCAUUCGAAUCGAAUGUACUGACACCGCAACCGAUCGUCACCAUUAUGGUGGAAAGUCCGCACGAGCCGCCACACAGUGAUUUCAGCAUAAAUGUGCAAAAUGCGCCGGACACCGAUCGACAAGGUGUGACCACCGUGGACCAGGUUGUGAUUGAUAUCGACGAUCCGAUCGAUGUGAAUGUGCCACGUGAUACAACCAAUAUUUUUUAUGAUUAUGCGGAACCAUCGUCGACCGAUGAUAUUAAUUUAAGAGAUGAUGACAAUUUGACGGACCAACAACAUAUCGAUGUAAUAAGAAGCGAUUCGGAUGCGGAUCAACCGGAUAGCAAAACAGGCCUAACUAGCUGACCAAGUGUCGGCUGCCCACGUUCCCAUUACGAUGAUAAUGCUGACGAUAUUAAUACAGAGUAUAGCUGACAAUCUUUUUCUUGAAUAGAUAUAUUUCCAUCUAUGGAGGGAAAAACCGUAGUUUUGUUAUUAAACAUAAGAAUAUUGUAAUCCUCUCUUUAAGCAUAAAACAGAAAAGAAAAACAAAAAAAUUUAAAUGAAAGAAAAACAAAAUUCAACAAAAUGGAAAAGAAAUCGACAAACAAAAUAAUAAAAUUAAUAAACUUAGAAGCAAUGCUCAUACAAGCGAACAACAACUGUUUUGUUGUACGGGUUUUGGGGUAGUUUAAUUGAAAAUUUAAUUAGAAAAAGUUUAAUUAACAAAAAAGCAAAAUUUAAGAAUGAAUAAAACCAAAAAAGAAAAUUUUCUUUCUUUUUUUUAUAAAAAAAAUAUUUUCUAGAAACUUCAAACAUCUUUACUUCUCCUGGUGAACUAAAUCAAAAAUGAAAAAUUUAAACUUAUUUAGACAUUUCGCUUAAAUUGAAAGCUUAAAAACAAAGCAUUAUUGAAGUAUAACAAAAAAAAACUUAACGUCGAACAAAGAAGCGUUUUUUCUUCUUUAAUUUCUCGUACAAUAUAUCUUUAAAAAAAUAUCGAUGAGAUUACUGAGUAAUGUAAAAGUUAGAUAAAUUCAAAUUUAUAUUUAACAUGCAAUAAAAACGUCAAGAAAUAAAAGAAAAGUGCUUAAAAUAAAUAAUUAUUUUUAAAGUUAUAUCAAUUGAAAAACUUAGUAAACAAACAAAAAACAAAUUCUAUUAUAUAACCGUUAAGUUAACGAUUCCGUUUUGUUCGGUUAAAAAGUGAAUCCAAUUUAUUCAAAAAUAAAAAGAUAACAUUUGUUAAG